AUGAAGAUAAUGACCGAUUUACAAAUCAAUACAAAAAUGCCGUUAAGACGAAAUAGACCAGGUACAAAAGCAAAAGAUUGGUGUCAUUGGCCUGAAGAAAACUCUGAAAAUAUGGAUAGUCUUUAUCAUAUCCAACAGUACAUUCAACAAGCAAUUCGACGAAAUUCAGCUGAUACUAAUUUUAUACUUUCAUCUUCUGAUCAACAAGAUGAAGCCGUAUGGAAAUAUGAACAUUUGAGACAAUUUUGUCUUGAAUUAAACGAUCUAACUGUUCGAUUACAACAUGAAUGUUUGCCGGAAACAUGUUCAAAAAUGACGGCCACAGAACAAUGGAUUUUUUUAUGUGCAGCACACAAAAAUCCAAAAGAUUGUUCUGCAAUUGAUUAUACAAGACAUACACUGGAUGGAGCAAUUUCAUUAUUGAAUAGUAACAAAUAUUUUCCAAGCAGAGUCAAUAUUAAAGACACAUCUGUAGCUAAACUAGGAUCAAUAUGUCGUCGAAUUUAUCGUAUAUUUUCUCACGCCUAUUAUCAUCAUCGACAUAUCUAUGAUGAAUUUGAAAAUCGUACACAUCUAUGUCGACGAUUUACCGUAUUUACUCUUCAAUAUAACUUGAUUCCAAAAGAUAAUUUAAUUGUGCCAAUAAGCGGUGUUAAUCAAGAAACAACGAUGAACACCACAAUACUCUCACAGUCAACAACAUCAGUUAAAACAGUAUCAACAACAAAUAGUAAUAAUAACAGUCCAUCAUCGUUCUCAAAUGUCUUACAUUUCUCGAUGAUUCAUAGUUCGUCCAACAUAUUCGCCAUCAUAAAAAAAGACAUACGAUCGAUCAUGGCACCACCAGCAGGAUUAAAGAAGAAAUCUGGUACAAAAAAUCCACCCAUAUUCAGUCAAGAUUAUCUAAUACAAAAUCAUGAUUCUGCACCUCUGGGAAACACAAUUGGAGAUGCAUUGUGUGAUAAAUGUUUAAUUAAUUUUUUAGGAGAUAUUGCCUGUGGUAUUCUGAUGGUUAUUGCAGUGGGUACUGUUGUGCAUGUGACAUCACCCUAUUGUACAGCAUUUUUUGGCCCUCGCCAUAAUGUGACAACAAAUGUGACAACAAGUAAUAUUGAAAGUGUAACAAAACAACGAAUGUUAUACAAUUAUGGAUAUAAAGAUUUGGCCAUUCUAUUUUCUUACACGUUAGUUUGUAUUACGGGUCAUGCUAUUAUACAAGAAUAUAUAUUAGAUAAAAUUGGAAGAAAAUUACAUUUAUCAAAAUCAAAGAAUUCAAAAUUCUAUGAAUCUGGUCAAUUACUAUUAUUCUAUGUUAUAAGUGUUUUAUGGUCAUUGAUCAUAAUGAAUGAAGAAGGAUACUUUAAAUCAGGUUUAUCUUAUUUAUGGUUAGAUUAUCCGUAUGUUGGUAUGACACUCAUGACAAAAUUAUAUUUUCUCGUGCAAAUAUCCUAUUGGUUACAUAAUUUUCCUGAAUUAUAUUUACAAAAAAUUCGUAAAGAAGAUAUACCACAACGUAUUGUUUAUACAAGUUUAUAUUUAAUAGCUAUAUUGUACGGAUAUCUGACACGUUUCUGGCGUAUUACACUGGUAUUAUUGAAUAUUCAUUAUCUGAUUGAAAUAUUUUUUCAUUGUUCUCGUAUCAUCUAUUUUUAUUCGAAUCAUAAACAAACAACAACAAUAAAACAUGCGAAACAUACAUUUACACUUUGGAAUAUCAUGUUUGUAUUUGGCCGAUUAAUAUCAGUUGUUAUUGCUUGGCUAACAUUUUGGUUUGGAUUGAAAACAAAUUCUAUCGAUAAAAUUAAAUUUGCCUCAACAACAACAGGCAUCGGUGGAAAUGAAAGUGUUAUUAUAAGUAAUUUUAAUACAUCAACUGUGAGAAUGUUAACAUUGUUUUCUAUGGUUAUGAUUCAAUUAUGGUUAAUGUGGAAUUUUAUCAAUUUUCAUUUGAGGCGAAGACGUGAACAACGAGCAUUAACACAAAAGACAUCAGUUAGCUCAUUGCAUAAAAAUAAAAAUAAAAAUAAAACUCUUGUCAAGAAACAAGCUGAAUCGGCAAAAGAUGAUAGUGAUGAUGUAGAUGUUGAUAACAGAGAUGUUAAAUUAUCACCGUCAGGAACAAGUGGACCCAAAAAAACAAAUUAA